AUGAAAACAGCUCUACAAAUGAGUGGUUGCUGGAAACCUCAUUGUGGCCAGAGAAGACGUUGGUCGCCGCUAUCUUCUCCGCACAUGACUGAAUCAGAAGUUUUCCAAAACGAAACCCUAGAUUCUAAACUCAACAGAAACAAGCAAUUAAAGCAUGGAAAUGAAGUACAAGGAAGCUUAGAGAAAGGAAAGCAUGGAAAAACAAUAAGGAGAACACAGACAAGGACAAAUCAGAGCUUACCUCUUGAUGAUUUUCAGACUCGGAGCUCUGAUGUAAGCUCUGAGAGAGAUUUAGUAGAAAUGAGAGCUUUAGGUUUUAGCAGGGAUAGGGACGAGUUAUGUAGUGGUUCAGGGCUGGACGGCGUAGCAGAAAUCACAAUCCAACAAACUAAUAUUGUGAAACUCAUAUUUGUUGAUUCUGUAUUCAACCAAAGUAUUAGGGUCCUAACCCUGCGUAGACACGAAGUCCGUGCUCUUCACUGCUGCAAUGUCACUGUUGCCAGUAGUCAAUGUGUCGUACUCGAUGUUAAAGUCCUUCUUGUUGUUGACUUCUUCCAUUUUGUCACUGUCCAUUUCAUAGCCCUCGGGACUGACGAAUUCGAUGUCAGCGGUGACACAGGUUAUGAAAGGAUUGCGGCGUGA